GUCUGACACGAGCAGCCAUCAGUAGUCUCCAGAAUUAGCAAGCCUUGGGCUUCCAGGCUUCUAAAUUCAUCUAGAGCAUCAAACGCAAGUUGUUUCAUCAUCCAAACGGCGCGAUGGAUACGACUCCAUGCACACCGAGAAGGCGAAUAUCGCCUCCUUCCUAUGCUCGUCCUACAGUUGCAUCUGCUUCGAAAAGCUCACGCAAGAGUCCAGUAGCAUCUACAGCUACAGCCAACUCAACUCUCAAGGACCCGAGCACGCCAAGUCGUUCUUCAAAUCCUCACCGCAUCCCUAUGCACUUCCGGACACCACCCAGCGACGCUCCCAUCAAAAGCGCACCUGGUCAAGUGUGCCAUCUCGCUCGCCUACCCGCCGAACUCCGCACCAUGGUCUACGACUUCGUCAUCGAGCCUGAGCUCGAUCACUACAUCGACCGCCACUAUCGCAGCCGCCAAUGGCGCCCCGGCCGCACUCUCACCGUGUUAUCGCUUGCCCACGUCUGCCGCCGCAUCCGCUACGAAGUCUCAUAUGAGUUCUACCGCCGAGCCCACAUCAGCACCUACGCCGCCCACAACGACUACUUCCACGUCAUGGCCUGGUUCCGCCACCUGACGCCGCUUCAACGCGCUGCAGUAUCGCGGAAUCCAAACUUUACCGUGGGGGUACAUCCGAGCGCGUACUCGCCCGUCGUGACUAAUGAAAAGUACGCUUGGGCUGUGACCCGGAAUAUUGGGAACAUCUACGAGGUCUCGCCGCCCAAUCGAGGCAGGUUUCUUAGACUUGGGUCCUUGGUCACUUGGUUUAGGUUCAUUUCGCAGCCACCGCUCAGGGACAUGGAAUUCAAGUAUUACAUUGCGAUGGAGAAGUUUCAUUACUGGGGCCCGCUCGCGGUAAACCGUUUUGGGGCAGAUGAUGUGGAUGAGGUUCUGCGACAGACGCUUGGGCCGCUUUGGGGGGAGUCGGGACGGCGGGCGCAGCUUAAUGGGGAGCAGAAGGAGGCGGUGGUCCGGGGAGUCGAGAGGAUGGUCAAGAGUUUGGAGGAGAUACAUGCUGCUCUGGGGAUGGAUUUCGGGAAAUGGCAUCGUCAGGUGAAGCAUCUGCGCAGGUCAUUGCUUGGCGAUAGUGUUGAGGCGUCUAGGUAGUGGAAGCUAGUAGGUCUUCUGUGUCCCGUAUGACUACGGAAUGUGCCUUUCCAGAAGACUAUUUUCGAUAUCUUCAAUUCACAAUGGCAAUGCUUGGAGAGCACAAGUUCGGGCGAAAGCAUGCAACAGAGAGCGUCGACAUCUACAGUAUCAAGACAUAAGUUUAGGCGGGUCCUUGCAAUUUCAUGGGGUACCUCAAUCAUCACACUAUGCCAAGAUCAGGUUCUUAGCUAGAGC